AUGUUCCCUUCUUGCUACUCUAAGCCUAAAAAUGGAUCUCAGUUUAAGAUGUCUUACACGAAAGUCAUUUUCGGCGUGUUGGUAGUCUAUGUAAUUCAUACCUGCUGGGCCAUUUAUGGCUUUGUCUAUACCAAACCGUGUGACACUAGGAAAGGUGACAGUUGCGUUACUUCAUAUCUUGCCGGCAAACCAAGACUUCAGCUUCGUAUCUACACUACGCUCGACCCGAAUGAUGUCGGUGGUCACAAUCUUCUUUUUAAACUGAAUGAGUUUGAUAUCCACGCUGGAUUCGAGAGAACGGUGAACGUCACACUGCCCGAGAUGACGCCCAAUAACGGAACUCUGCACGCGGUGGUGUUCGUACACAAAAGCGGAGUGUCACCUCGCCAGGAUAACCGCCACGUUCGUCUAGUUGCUCGUCUCACCACUCAGAUGACUCCUCACUCUGCAGAGGCCAAUCCUAAUUCUGGAAAAGACACGCGGACAGAUCAGAGGCUCGUCUCCUAUUGGAGGUCACACAUUACCUUGAACAUCAUGACGCAGGAAUUCACCUUCAACGGUGCUGCGAUUCCCAGCGACCUGCGGCGAUACAUGAAAGUCGUGGAGGAGGGAAAGAAGAAAAUGUACCUUCCUCUCUUACUGGUGGACGAGAUAGGGAGCAGAAUGAAGGACCUCAUCGAGCUGAAUAGCACGACAAGAGAGGUUCCAUUGACCAUAUCCUAUGACUCCAUCACGCUCCGCAAAUUCCGCCUGUGGAUUCACAUCCAGGCUCUCAUCUACUCCCUGAAACAUUUUGGGUUUUCAGACAGAAACGUAGAUGAAAUUAAAGGCAUGUUUGUGGAGAGUGGUCUGCAUAUCCUGGCCUUGUCCAUCCUGGUGCCAGCUUUUCACCUCUCGUUCGAAGUCUUUACCUUCAAAAACGACAUCAGCUUUUGGAAGAAGAAGAAGAGUAUAACUGGCAUGUCCAGGACAUCAGUGUUUUGGAGGUGUUUGAGCACUGCCGUCAUAUUCCUCCAUCUGCUGGAGGAGCAGAGCAGCUGGACGGUCCUUGUUCCUACUGCCGUGUCUGCCCUGACAGAGCUGUGGAAGGUAAACAGGGUCCUGGCAAUUCGGGCAAAACCUCAAGAUGGUAAAGCGGAUGAGCUGGAGAGAGCCACUGCGGAGUGCGACUCUCAGGCGAUGAAACUCCUGUCGUACUUGCUGUACCCGUUGUGCGUCAGUGGAGCUGUUUACUCCUUCAUGUAUAUUAAAAACAAAAGCUGGUACUCUUGGUUGAUCAGUAGUCUUGUCAGUGGAGUGUAUGCAUUUGGAUUUCUGUCCAUGGUUCCCCAGCUGUUCAUUAAUUACAAGCUCAAAUCAGUGGCUCAUCUGCAGACUUCAGUCUUCAUGUACAGAGGUUUGAACACAUUCGUGAGUGACGUAUUCAGCGGCGUGAUCACGACCCCUGGUCCUCACCAGCUGGCCUGUUUCAGAGAUGAUGUCAUCUUCCUUAUCUACCUGUACCAGAGGAGAAUUUACCCUCCAAACAAAAGCCGAGGUCGCGACUAUGGAGCUGCGUACAAGAGAAAACCAGGAAAACCAGGAAAGCCGCACGAGGAAUGA